CCCCGCCGCCUUCACGCCCCGCCCCGGCGCGCCGUGCACUGCCCCGCCGCCUCCACGCCCCGGACCUUUCCUCCCCCUUUCCGGCCCGGAACGAAACCCCACCUCAUUAGGUCCGGAACGAAUCCUCGUUCUCUCCUUCUCCUUCCAGAGUCUCGAGGGGAGGCGCCGGCGCGGCACACGCGAAGGCGGCGCGGCCGUCCAGCGGCGGCGGCGGCGGAGGCGGCCUGGCGGAUUCGGCUCCCCGGCAGCGGCUGUCCACUCCGGUAGCCCCGUUCUCACCGUUUUUCUUUGAAUCAUCUGUGGUAGCCGGCGUCUAGGGCAUGGAUCUGGCCUGGAGUAAGCGAAUAGAAAGCAUGAUCAUGAGAGGUAAUGAGAUUUACCUUCGCGAGAGGAGCAGGAUUUGGUAGCUCGUAAUGUUACACUAACGCUAAUGACCUACUGUUGCUUUGCUUUUCUUGUAUUGUAAUCAAGAUUUGUCAGAUCUCUUGGUCAUAGUGACAGAUACUUGCUCUUGGUAAAUACAGGUCCAUGUCCAAGCUUUAGAAUACUAAUCUGGUAGAGUUUUAGUAGUUUGUAUUGCAUAUUUGUUGGUGUCACAUCAGUGUGGAGCCUGCAAAUUCCUCGAAUAUAUGGAUUAUUUUAUACUUAUUACUACUUUUCUGGAGUUCAAUUUAAUUUGGUAUACUUACUACUACUUACUACUUAGGGUCGUUGUCCUUGAAUGUAUUCAACACUAAGGUUAGGUGAUGCUAACCUGCGAUUCAUCAUACUCCAGUAGUCUAGUGUAGUUAGGAGACGAGGCCGGGCCCCAAGACGGUCUUCUGUCAUGCAUCACUAGGAACCAUGUAUCCUGAAAAUUGUUGAUUUACUAUAAAUUGUUGAACUUUGAUGUCACCUCCUUCCUGGGACUUUCUUUAAACUCUAGCUCAAUCAGUAGCAUUUAUCAGAUUCUAACAACAUCAGGUCUCAGGACAUCAUGUCUUAGUGACUAAUACUGACCGAGCAAUUAAUGCAAAGGUACUGUUUUGUAUGUAUAAGCGCUGAUUUGUAUCAUUGCUGUUUCAUAUGCAUACGAUAGUCGUGUUCAAUUAAUGCAAAGGUGGAUAUUAUGUCAACAGAGAAAGUCGUGUUCAAUGUGCCCUCAAUGCUUUAGUAGUUUCCGCUGAUGAUUUUGCUUUCUUGCUAGUCAUUAUGCUUAACCUUUUAUUUGUUCUGACUGCACAAAAUAUAGGCUGGUAGCGGUGUCCGCCUGCGACGUGCUCGACGAGAAGCUUGAACUGCGAGUCCACACCAAGCCGGCCACGCCUACACCGCCGACCCGUUAGGAUGGAUGACCGUCAUUGGAUGUACACGGGCCGUCCAAGUCAGGCUACCAUGACCGAUGAAUGGAUUCGAAAGACCAAUGAUUUUUUGGAAGCCGCGUGGAGUCAGGCUGAAGGAUCGAGUUUCUUGUGGUGUCCGUGCAACAUAUGUGGAAAUAAGAAACGGAAAACGAAGAAGGUUAUGGGCCAACAUCUUUGCAAGUAUGGAUUUACGCCGGACUAUACCCGGUGGAUCUUUCAUGGUGAAGGCCACCGUAUGAGGGACGAGGUCGUGCGGCAACGCAUCGAUGAUUGUGAUGCUGAUGGUGGGGUUGGAGACAUGUUACAUGACUAUCAUGAAGCACAUUUCGGUGAACGACUGCAGGAGGAGGAGCCAGAGGCAUCCGCAAUGGCGUAUUUCGAGAUGUUGGAGGCUGCACAGAAACCACUUCACGGUCAUACAAAGGUUUCUCAGCUGGAUGGCAUCGGACGACUAAUGGCCUUGAAGUCUCAGUUUAGCCUGAGCCGAGACGCCUUCGACAGUCUGUUGACCGUGUUUGGAAGCAUGCUUCCAGAAAAUCACAUUAUGCCAAAGUCAAUGUAUCAGGCACAGAAAAUUCUCGGUGCACUUAAGAUGCCAUAUGAGCAGAUACAUUCUUGUCCAAAUGGGUGUAUCUUAUUUAGGAAGGAGCAUGAGAAAGCUGCUUACUGUCCGAAAUGUAAAGCCUCUAGGUUCCUCGAAGUGGACUCUGGUGAUGGUCAGCCUAAGAAGCAGCUCACGAUUCCCGUGAAAAUCCUACGCUACCUUCCUUUCAUUCCGAGGAUCCAACGACUAUUCAUGACCGAGGAAUCCGCGCAACAGAUGACCUGGCACAAGAAAGGUGUUCGAUACAACCCUGACAAGAUGGUGCAUCCAUCCGAUGGUGAGUCAUGGAAGAAUUUUGAUAGGAUUCAUCGUGACAAGGCUAAUGAAGCUCGUAAUGUACGUAUUGCGCUUGCAACAGAUGGGUUCAAUCCUUAUGGGAUGGUGGCCGCCUCGUACUCAUGCUGGCCUGUGUUUGUUAUCCCUCUGAAUCUCCCUCCAGGGGUCCUAUUUCAACGACAGUCCAUAUUCGUGUCGUUGAUUAUUCCAGAGCACCCGGGGAAUAAAAUGAGUGUUUACAUGGAGCCUCUGAUUGAUGAUUUCGUCAAGGCAUGGGACGAAGGGGUGUGGACCUAUGAUCGAGCAACAAAGACAAAUUUUAGAAUGCAGCUCUGCAGUUCAUCUGGUUGA